UUCAACUAACACUGCAUGUUGACAAGUUGGUGAAACGGUUGAGAAAACAAGUGAGUUUCAAUCGAAAGAUUAUCUUAAAAGAGUGUUAGUGUUUACUAUGAAGUGUAUUACCUCAGAAAAUGCUAGAAGAAGAGGGAGAAAAAAAAAACUUUAAUUAUCCUCUGCAGAGAAUUUAGUGCCGCUGUUCAGGUAUCUCUCAGCUCAGUUCCCUCUCCUUAGGCCACCAAGAUGAAGGCCUCGGCUCUGCUGUACGCUGCUGCCUGUGCGGUUUUCAGUGUGGGCGUCGCUGCUGCUGCCACUGCCGCCGGUGUGAGCAAGCCUCUGCCGGCCGCAGGGGCUGCCAAGCCUCCACCUCCUGCUGGGGCUAAGCCUCCCCCAGGGGCCUCCAUGGCCGGAGGAAUGGGGGCUUUCGCGUCCUUCAUGCCGUCGGCAGCCAUGAUCAAAUCCUUCAUCCCGACGCCCGAGGAGAUCCAGGAGCUCCAGGCCCUUCACACCACGCCCGCCCCUCCCCCUCCUCCCCCAACCCUCCCUCCGACCGCCUCCCCCGCCGACAUGUUUGCCCCCGCCCCUCUCCCGCCCCCUGGCGUCUACCCUCCGCCCGGAGUUAUCCCUCCCCUUGGGUCCUUCUCUUCGUCGCCUGCUUCUUCUCCUCCUUCGUCGGGUCUUUUGCCUUACGGGGCCUUGGCGCCAUCCGGAGUCCUCCCACCGUCGGGGGCUUUCCCUCCUUCAGGCGCCAUGCCUCCCUCAGGGGUCUACCCUCCCCCCGGUGCCUUGCCUCCCCCUGGGGCCUACCCUCCCCCCGGUGUCUUGCCUUCCCCUGGGGCCUACCCACCCCCCGGUGUCUUGCCUCCCCCUGGGGCCUACCCUCCCCCCGGUGUCUUGCCUCCCCCUGGGGCCUACCCUCCCCCUGGUGCCAUGCCUCCUCCUGGGUCUUAUCCUCCUCCCGGGGCCUUGCCCCCCGCGGGCGCCUACCCUCCCCCCGGCGCCAUGCCUCCCCCAGGGGCUUUUCCCGGUGGACUAACUUCUGGAACUUUCUCGUCCGCAGGUCCCGCCGGCUCUGCGAAGGCUUCUGGUUCCAAGUCUUCCUCGGCCUCUGGUGGCGGCAUGGGCCCAAGUAGCUUUAUGCCCGGGGGUGGCAUGGGCAGCUUUAUGCCCAGUGGCAUGGGCUCUGGUGGUAUGGGAAGCUUUAUGCCAAGUGGCAUGGGCUCUGGAGGCAUGGGCAGCUUCAUGCCCAGUGGUAUGGGCUCUGGAAGUAUGGGCAGUUUUAUGCCUAGUGGCAUGGGUUCUGGGAGCAUGGGCAGUUUUAUGCCAAGUGGCAUGGGCUCUGGCGGUAUGGGCAGCUUUAUGCCCAGUGGAAUGGGCUCUGGAGGCAGCUUUAUGCCCAGCGGAAUGGGCGCAGGCGGUGCAAGCAGCUUCAUGCCCGGCGGCGCUGCUUCUGGCGGCACGGGCGCCACGGGAUCUAUGGGCGAACCAACCAUGUCUCCAGCUGUGGCCAAAUUGGUAGCCAAAUAUGAAUCCGCUGCGACUAACUUCAUGGGAAUGGGAGCCGCUUAAAGUCACUUGUCGUCGACCUGAACUGAUGGAAUCUUUGUGGUAACCUUCCCUUCUACACCACCGUCUUCAGCAAUUUACCACACACUAUUCUCCCAUAACCUGAAGGAACUGUUUAACAUGAAUCUAUGAAGUCUAUCUUACGAGGUAGCGAACAGAAUGAGCUCUCAACAACUCUCAGGAGGUCGGAUGCUGUCUAAGAAGUCAAUGGAAGAAGGAAAAUGAUUAUUUCUUGCUGACUCGCCGUUUUCCUCUUUCAACUGUGAAAUGCAAAUAAAAAUACGACUUUUUGGGAAA